GAUAUAUCCGGGAUUUUUUAAGGCGAAACACAAUGACGAACACAAUGUUAUGAUAAAAUCAGCCCGUGACGUAGAGUGGGAAUUGACUGUGAAUAAGUCGGACUUAAUACGAAUUAGCCUGCGCGCCACAGACUCUCAGGUAGCGACAUUUCGCCAUGCCUUGACGAUAGUUAUUCCACAUCCGGAUUACACUAAAGAAAUACGUCAAACAUUCAAUAUGGAUACGGGAGGUCAUACAUUCAACGUGCUGAUAAUGCAUAAAAUCUCGGAGCAGGAAUUCUGCAAUCCCGGCGGUGACCUUGUAAUGAAAAUUGGCAUACGUCCGCUCAAUUCAAUAGUCGAGAAGCAACUGGCAAUUUAUCAGUAUGUACAACUCAAAGAAGCCAACGAAAAGUUAACCAAACGGUUGACAUACUUCACCGAUGAAUACGACUACAAACAUCUUACCAUGUAUUUCAAUAUAGAGUUGGAACAGUUCAAACGGUACAGGUUUCUAAAAUCGUAUGGAAUUUGCGAUGGCGAGAACAGGGAAUGGCGAAUGACCAUGAAACUGAACAGCAAAAACAUGAUUGCAACUCACAUACAACUUAUCAGGGGAGCAGGAACUGAAUGUAGAUUCUUUAUCGAAUUGGAGCACAUGAAUCUACAGAAAUCGAUACGUAAAAGCUCGAUAUGUAAGAAAUUUGAUUUUGGCAACGGCACUAAACCGAUGUGGGGAUUUAAAUUUAUCGAAUUUGACGAAUUGAAAGCCGACGCCGGAUUUUUAAGAAAUGAUCUCUUGCAUUUUCGUUUCGGCGUGCGUCCAUUACUAUCAACUACAGUAGUGUACGACGACAGUCGUACUUUAACAAAGUCCGCAACGACACCUGCAGAACCGAACGUGCGUCGUACUUCAUGGAAAUCCCGCAGCGGUCGUAAACUCGUGAGGAAAGCAGCCGCAAAGACACACGCAAAACUAAACGUGGAUCCAUUAUUGCAAGCUAAAGAGGCGAUCGACGACGGUAGUACUUCAUUGGAAACUGGCAACGGUAGUGCAAUAUUGAAGUCCGGAGGCGAUCGUAAAGAAACGGCCGAAGAGACACAGCCAAAACAAAAUGUGCGUUCAUUAUCGCCAGAUACAGGGAAGCUCAAGUGGUAUCAAAAGUUGCUACCGGGAAAUAGUCAAACAUCCGCGAGGCAAAGAGUGCGUCCAUUAUCGCCAGCUUCAGAGUCCGACGAUGAUCGCCAAACCGUGAGGCAAACAGCUGUAAUGACUCCCGCAGAACCUUACGUAGCUCUUUACUCGCCAGCUUCAGAAGUGUUCGGCGGCGGUCGUAGUUUAUCAAUGAGUAGCGGUGGUCGUACACACGCGAGGCAAACAGCCGCAAUGACUCCUGUAGAACCAACAGUGCGUCCAUUAUCGCCAGCUAUAGAGUCCGACGAUGAUCGCCAAACCGUUACCGUGAGGCAAACAGCCGCAAUGAUUUCCGCAGUGCGUCCAUUAUCGCCAGCUACAGAUUCCGACGAUGAUCACCAAAUCGUGAGGCAAACAGCCGCACGGACUCCCGUAGAGCCUUACGGAGCUUUUUACUCGCCAGCUUCAGGUGCAGCUACAUACUUGAUAACUUGUAGAAUAAAUAAUAUUUAUUAUUAUUAUUUCCAUAUUAUGGAAUAUUCUAUUCCCUUCUACGCUUCUACUCUUUUAGAAGUGUUCGGCGGUGGUCGUAGUUUAUCAAUGAGUAGCGGUGGUCGUACACUCGCGAGGCAAACAGUCGCAAUGGCUCCUGUAGAACCAUCAGUGCGUCCAUUAUCGCCAGCUGCAGAAUCCUAUGGAGAUCGCCAAACCGUGAGGCAAACAGCCGCAACGACUCCCGCGGAGCCUUACGUAGCUUUUUACUCACCAGCUUCAGAAGUGUUCGGCGGCGGUCGUAGUUUAUCAAUGAGUAGCGUUGGUCGUACACACGCGAGGCAAACAGCCGCAUCGACUGCUGUAGAACCAACAGUGCGUCCAUUUUCGCCAGCUACAGAGUCCAACGGUGAUCGCCAAACCGUGAGGCAAACAGCCGCAAAGACACACGCAGAACCAAACGAAGGAACAAGUAAUCCCGCCAAAGAAAAACACGUGUCAUUCGUGGAGUGACAGAAGUAGUAAACAAUAGAUAGCAACACUGAUAGUAGACAACGUAAAUUUAGCACAAACUUUGAACCUAAAUAUUUGUAAGAAUCAUUACAUAUUCAAACGUAAGAUAGUUGCUAGGGAAAAUCUAAAUUUAAAAUCCACAAAUAAUGACAAUACAUGCUUUAAGUACUGUUAAACGGCUGGCUCUCACUUCAUAGUGAAUAGAUAGAAUUAAGUGACAAGAGAGUACACCAGAGACGGUAAACAAUGUACAUGUAGCAUAAACUCUGAACAAAUACACUUAAAUACUUGUAGGUUAGGGAAAAUCAAAAUUUAAAUUCUAUACAAAAUGACCAUACAUACGUUGAAUACUGUAAAACGCAUGGCUCUCACUGCAUAGCGAAUAGAUAGAAUUGAGUGACAAGAGAGUACCACAGACAGUAGACAGUGUACAUGUAACAUAAACUCAGAAGAAACACAUUUAACUACUUGUAAGAAUCAUUACAUAUUAGCAAUAGUGUAUGUAAGGUAGUUGUUAGGGAAUAUCAAAAUUGAAAUUUUAUAAAUAAUGAUAAUACAUACUUAGAAUGUUGUAAAACGCAUGGCUCUCACUGCAUAGCGAAUAGAUAAAAUUGAGUGACAAGAGAGUACCAAACUCAAAACAAAUACACUUAAAUACUUCUAAGAACCAUUACAUAUUAGAAACAGUGUAGGUAAGAUAGUUGUUAGGGAAAACCAAAAUUUAAAUUCUAUAAAUAAUGACCAUACAUACUUUGAAUACUGUAAAACGCAUGGCUCUCACUGCAUAGCGAAGAAAUAUAAUUGAAUGACAAGACAGUACCAGAGACAGUAGACAAUGUAGCAUAAAC